AUGGAAGUGAUGAUGAACGCUCUUAAGGGAAGAGUGUCCAGUGACUUUGACGACCUUGUCAACCGAACUGACUCGCCAUUCACCAUCGCCGUCAACUCUUUCCCCCUGCCGAGUAAGUUCCGCAUGCCACAUAUAGAUAGUUAUGACGGGAUCAAGGACCCUCUAGACCACCUAGAGACCUUUAAGACUUUAAUGCACCUUCAAGGAGUAGCAAACGCAAUUAUGUGUAAGGCCUCCCGUACAACGCUCAAGGGUGCGGCAAGAAUUUGGUUCAGUAGGCUGGCACCCAACUCCAUCGGCACCUUCAAAGAGCUAAGCGCUCAAUUCAUGGUGCACUUUAUCAGAGGACAUCGGUACAAGAAAUCUAGGGCUUGUUUAAUGAGUAUCAAACAGCGAGAGGAGGAAAUGUUAAGGGCCUACAUAUCCCGCUUCAAUAAGGAGGCUCUCUCGAUCGACGAAGCCGACGACAAAAUACUUGUAGCAACAUUCAUGAAUGGGCUAAAGGAGGGUAAGUUUUUGUUCUCCCUGUACAAAAACGACCUGAAGACCAUGUCAGAGGUGCUUUGCAGGGCCACCAAAUAUAUGAAUGCUAAAGACGCACUAUUGGCCCGCGAAGAGAGACCCAAGAAGAGAGAAAGGCAAAAAGACACCCGGCAGGAUCAAGGCCGAAAGAGAGCGAGGACAGGAGACCGAAGGGAUGAGAGACGACUUAAGCCCCUAGAGGGAAGAUUCACCAGCUUCACCCCGUUGACCGCUCCGAUAGAUCAAGUCCUAAUGCAAAUCAAGGACGAGGGGGCUCUGACGUUCCCUUGGAAGCUGAAGAGCGAUCCCAACAAGCGGUCUAGGGAUAAAUAUUGCCGCUUCCAUCGUGACCAUGGUCACGACAUGGCAGAUUGCUAUGACUUGAAGUAA